UCCCUCUCUUCAUCCCUCCCGGGCUUUGUCACCGCGCCCGCAGGAGCGGGACCGAGAGACAGCCGUACAGAGCGAAGGACAGCCCACAGGUCCACGGGCCGGGCCGAGGGCGCCAGAGGGGGCCAUGUCUUACCAGGGCAAGAAAAGCAUCCCGCAUAUCACGAGUGACCGACUCCUCAUCAAAGGUGGACGAAUCAUCAACGAUGACCAGUCCUUCUAUGCCGACGUCUACCUGGAAGAUGGACUUAUAAAACAAAUAGGCGAGAACUUAAUCGUUCCUGGUGGAGUGAAGACGAUCGAGGCCAAUGGGCGGAUGGUCAUUCCAGGAGGGAUUGAUGUCAACACGUACCUGCAGAAACCCUCCCAGGGGAUGACUGCCGCUGAUGACUUCUUCCAAGGGACCAAGGCAGCACUGGCGGGAGGGACCACAAUGAUCAUUGACCAUGUGGUCCCUGAACCUGGGUCCAGCCUGCUGACCUCCUUCGAGAAGUGGCAUGAAGCAGCUGACACCAAAUCCUGCUGCGACUACUCCCUGCACGUGGACAUCACCAGCUGGUACGAUGGCAUUCGGGAGGAGCUGGAGGUGCUGGUGCAGGAUAAAGGCGUCAAUUCCUUCCAAGUCUACAUGGCCUAUAAGGAUCUCUACCAAAUGUCCGAUAGCCAGCUCUACGAAGCCUUCACCUUCCUUAAGGGCCUGGGAGCUGUGAUCUUGGUCCACGCGGAAAACGGAGACUUGAUAGCGCAGGAACAGAAGCGGAUCUUAGAGAUGGGCAUCACGGGCCCCGAAGGCCACGCCCUGAGCAGGCCGGAGGAGCUGGAGGCCGAGGCCGUGUUCCGGGCCAUCACCAUCGCAGGCCGGAUCAACUGCCCUGUGUACAUCACCAAGGUGAUGAGCAAGAGUGCCGCGGACAUCAUUGCUCUGGCCAGGAAGAAAGGCCCCCUCGUUUUCGGCGAGCCCAUCGCUGCCAGCCUGGGGACCGACGGCACCCACUACUGGAGCAAGAACUGGGCCAAGGCAGCGGCGUUCGUGACCUCCCCUCCCCUGAGCCCGGACCCCACCACGCCUGACUACCUGACUUCUCUCCUGGCCUGUGGAGACCUGCAGGUCACCGGCAGCGGCCACUGUCCCUACAGCACUGCCCAGAAGGCGGUGGGCAAAGAUAACUUCACUCUGAUCCCCGAGGGCAUCAACGGGAUAGAGGAGCGGAUGACCGUUGUCUGGGACAAGGCGGUGGCUACCGGCAAAAUGGAUGAGAACCAGUUUGUCACUGUCACCAGCACCAACGCGGCCAAGAUCUUUAACCUGUACCCCAGGAAAGGGCGGAUCGCCGUGGGCUCAGACGCUGACGUGGUCAUCUGGGACCCGGACAAGGUGAAGACCAUCACAGCCAAGAGCCACAAGUCGGCCGUGGAGUACAACGUCUUCGAGGGCAUGGAGUGCCACGGCUCGCCGCUGGUGGUCAUCAGCCAGGGCAAGGUCGUCUUCGAGGACGGCUCCGUCCAAGUCAGCAAGGGCGUGGGCCGCUUCAUCCCGCGGAAGCCGUUCCCCGAACACCUGUACCAGCGCGUCAGGAUCCGGAGCAAGGUUUCUGGAUUGCAAGGGGUCCCCAGGGGCAUGUACGAUGGUCCUGUGUACGAGGUGCCAGCCACACCCAAAUAUGCAGCUCCCGCUCCUUCUGCCAAACCCUCGCCGUCCAAACAUCAGCCUCCGCCUGUCAGAAACCUCCACCAGUCCAACUUCAGCUUAUCAGGUGCCCAGAUAGACGACAACAACCCCAGGCGCACCGGCCACCGCAUCGUGGCGCCCCCCGGUGGCCGCUCCAACAUCACCAGCCUCGGCUGACCGUGGACGCGCGAGAGUGAAGGAUUCUGGGAUCACGUCCAUUCCUUUCCCCGUCGGUGUUUUCGAGGCCCAUAGUUUUUUUCGGUACUGAUGGGGGGACCAGCUGAACGAUGCUCUUUCCUUUUCACUUAGGAAGAAGUGGUACUAGUGUGGUGUGUUUGCUUGGAACCCCUGUGCCCCCCGUGUGAGUUCACGCCGACUCCGGCUCAGAGCGCGGCGUGCUCACCGCCCCCGUAGCGCAGCUUCUAGCAUCGUCUCGUGCCGCCCCUUCCACUCCUGAGUCCCGGGCUCCAUGAUUCUCGAGUGGUCCCUCUGCACCCCUGUAGCUGUUCUAGGAUAGUCGAUGCAUGUUACCGAGUUAUGUAUGCAAGUCUGUGAGUGCGUCUGACGGGACGUGGCCGAGGACCCAUGCAGGCACGACGCCCAGACCUCAGGCCCUCGGGGCAGCCCCGGAACUGUGAACGUGAAGCUGUUUACUCACUGCCCCCCGUCCCAAGUCUACACUGGAGAAGAGACGCCGCCCCGCCCCCGCCGAGAAGCAGGGGAGCCUUCCGCUGCAGGCAGGGAAACGUCACCCGCGUCCUGUGUCAAACCCUCGUCUCUAUGGCACUUGUAACCUGGCCACCGCGUCUUUCCGGCCUGCGUGUGUCCUUCCAGCCAGCCCUGGACCUCAGGCCGAGCCAGGUUCACACUCAGAAAGGGACUGCUCAUCCCCAUUUAGGGCCGAUGACGGUGGGGCGACUUCCAGGUGCCCGAGUCCUUGUCCCUCUGAGGAGGUUGGCGGGGCGGUCAGAUUUUUAAAGUUUUGUACAAAGUUUUCCUUUGUAAUCAAUCACCCCCAUUUUUACUUAACAACUGACUUAUCGUGGCUCUUAUUUCCGAAUUCAAAGCUUGUGAAAGAAUAAAAUAAAUGGCCCACUGGCCGGAGCCGGGUGUUGUCAUUUAAGUCUUUACCAAGUUAUACGUCCCAGACUGUACCAAGCACAGUAGCUUGGGCGGCCAGGCUGGGGACGGGCCCUGCAGCAAGUGACCUGUGACGUAGUCCCUUGGGCUAAGGAAGCCACACAAGCAACACAAUUAUCCACGCCAGACCUGAGGCUGAGGCAGCCAGUGUGACCA